GCUGUCGACCUCGUUAUACACUUAAAUGCAUUUCGCAUGAUGUACAUUAUAGGUGUUAUUUCUUCCUAUAAAGGAGAGAAUGUCUUGGGAAUAUUUGGUUGUAUUCUGAAGCAAUGUAGCGGAGGCGAUGUAAAUAACCCUGUUUUGUGAAUCUCGGUUUUCCUGUACGCAAAAGUUUCACUGCAGGGAAAUUGCAUUUCAUUAAAGAGUUUCUAAAAUUGGUUCAAAUCAUGGAAGCCUUGGGGGAUAGUGAGGGAUGUCAUCGCAUUUCAAACAGCGAAGCAACUGGAAACGGUGAACACUUUUUUUUGCUUUCUGUUGUCGAACCAGUUUUCUGAAAUACGUCUUUUGGUGAAAUAUCUUUCACACAUCACAACUGCUACCUAAGGCGCACCUCUUGUUUUUCUCAAAUAAAAGUAUCUUCGAACUGAGAAGGAGCUCGUUUAUUUGGAGGCUUCUUGCCCCCUCUGAGCCUAUUUAUCUCUGUGACUUGUGUUGAGACCAGUUGUGGUAAUAAGAGAGACCCCUAUAAGGGCGUACAGAUAUACACUUUGGUGAUAAUUUUGAUGACAUGUUUACCAUUAUGAAAAUGACAUACCAACUUUGAGUUGUUGACGUUUUUAACACGCCUUCUUCCAGGGAAUUAUGUUAGCGAUAUCUAUAUCACAUGUAACGAUCAAUAAUGUGAAUGAUGGAGCAAACAGAAGAAGUGAAGGAUAGAGGCAUUAUGGACUCAACCCCCAGUAACCUUGAUGGGAGAUCCAGAAGAAAUGCAGGGAUAUAGAAGGAGCUCAAAGAGAGAAAAUAAACUCUUAAUACAUACGGGCCAAAAAGGAGCACAAGCUCCUGGGAAACACCAAAUCUGACAACUGGAACAGAGACAGCACAGAUUUCGAUACCGUUAAGGAAGAAACCUCGGGUAUGAAACGGCCAUUAAAUCCUCCUGUACCUCCUGAAAGUGGAGACGCAGAUCCUUCCUUGGUGAAUGAUGACGCCACAGAAUUACAAUCUGUCGUCACGGACAGCACGCAGAAGCGGGAAAAGAAACUGCAGACUUUCACUCUUUGUGGGGUAUGUAACAUCCAACUCAACUCUGCUGCCCAGGCCCAGAUCCACUACAAUGGAAAAUCCCACCAAAAACGGCUAAAAAAGCUUCAUAAUGGAAAAAUGCCCACCAGCCAAGGUACCACAGGCCAAAACAAUAGCAUGCUAGCAUCCCUGCAGCUACAAGGAAGAGCCAUGCAGCCAGCUCUCGAUAUGAAACACUUACUACCCUUUCGGCUAAACAACCCCUCUCCUGUUGGAUUAUUUCCCAACUUCAACGCAAUGGAUCCAGUCCAAAAGGCAGUAAUAAAUCAUACAUUUGGCGUUACAUUGCCACCUAAAAAGAAGCAAGUAAUCUCUUGCAAUGUCUGCCAUCUCAGAUUCAACUCUGAGAACCAGGCUGAGGCACACUACAAGGGCCAUAAACACGCCCGAAAGCUCAAAGCUCUGGAGGCCCUGAAAAAUAAGCAGAAAACCACAGCAGCCAAGGACGAUGACGUGACGCAAUCAGUUCACAACCCAGACGACACCACGAGCGAUGCAGAGAAAACAGAGGAUUGUCCGACCACACCAACGGGUGAGAAAACAAAAGGUAAUUCUACCUCACUGGUCCAAGUAUCAAAAGUAUUUCUGGUGGAAAAUGCUGGCAGCAAGAUGUCCACUUUUUCCUGCUCUGAAGCUACGAAUGGCAGGUCGGAAAAUGACAUUGCAACCUCAGUCGUGCACACUGCAGAGAUCGUUCGAAGCGAGGGCACCGACAGUGUUGGCUCAGCGCCUGAAAGUGAGAAGGACGGAGAGAAAAUGAAACAGCAGCUUUACUGCGCAGUUUGCAAAGUGACAGUGAACUCCGCAUCACAGCUCGAGGCACACAACAAUGGGUCCAAGCAUAAGUCAAUGCUGCAGGGACAGAACAGUCACAGCAGAAGAAGCAGACUGAGACUCUUCCCACGGACUUUGUACAAAACUAAACGCAUUGGUAACAAAGGGAGCAUCGGUCUACAGAGCAAGGCUUUUCACUGUAAUAUCUGUGAGAUAUAUGUUAACUCUGAAACACAACUCAAACAGCAUAUGACUAGUAGAAGACAUAAGGAGAGACUUACAGGAAAACCAUCUAAGCCCAAAUACAGUCCUUAUACCAAGCUUCAACAGACUGCGGUGUUGGCGACAAAGAUGGCUUUUCAGAAGCACCUCACAAAACCAUUGGCAGCUGGCUUUUUACCAAAUCCUCUAACAGCAGCUGCUGUCUGUGCGAUGCCAAACCUUACUCUUCGACCGACUACACUCUUCCAGACACCAUUCCUCGGACCAGCCUUCUUCAGAGCCACUCCAGGUCCUCUGAGGGCAACACAUACACCAUUUCUCUUUGCACCAUAUUGACUUCAGGGUUCAAAUCAUUACAGACAUUUUGGAAACUAAAAGGGAACUAUGCAGUCAUAAAUGUGAACAUUAUAAGUUAUGCAUGGCAGAACUCUGCCUCCUUGCUUAAACAUCUAUUGUCGGCAGUUUUAUACUGCAAAUGUAUUUAGAUGAACUUCAUAUCAAGAAAAUAUGGUUUCAGUUACAAAGACAAUUACAGAAAUGAUUUAAAUGUGCGUAGAUUUCUGGUAGAACCAUGGGUUACCAGGUCUAUUUUGCACAAUAUUUUUGUGAGUUCUUUAACAUGUGUCAGUUGCUAGUAAUGAUAUUAAGUGCGAGGGUGUUUUUUUUUAUACAGAAAAUGAAUCAAAAAUAUGAAAGAAAGAACACUGAAGAAAAAUGAUUUUGAAGCCAAAACGGUUGAUGAAAAAUCAAAUAGCACAUCACACGGCGCACUGCUGUCCAAAGAAGAAAACAUGAAGGGAUAGCAGAAGAGUGGCCCUAGCUCAUUGCCUCAGUUGGAUAGUUAACAUGGAGAAAAUGAAAUGUCAACCCCAUUUUAGUUAAGGGUGCCUAUUUAAUCUAGAGGUUCAGGAGGCAAUUUGAACCCAAUGUGAAGAAGUACAAAAUUGCAGCUAACUUUCCUGUACGCAACCCUCGUUCAACAGUUAUCAUCGUCCGUCGUACAACAAGCUCCAUAAAUGUCAAGGCCAUGAGGCUGGAAGUGGAUGGAUCUGAAAUGUUUCAAAGCAUUAGCUGAUUUGAUCCUAAUUGGGAUAAUGAGCACACUGUCUCUAUGAACUGAGUUCAUUGCUAAUUGCUUUCGAAGAGCUAAUAAGAAAAUACUGGCGAAAGACUGGAUUAGAAAACCAUAUAUGUUCCAACAAUUCAGAGUGAUAGGUUACCACCAUUUUUAAUAAAUUCUAUUUAAAACACCUUGAUAACAUUCAAAGCGAAUUAUUUGCUUCAGGCAUUAUUUUAUGGUUUCUAUCACACACAAGCCAUUUAGUUUUUUGGCAAAGUUCAGAGUUUGUGUUUUAAUAAUCAAUGUUUUCAAAACCUUGCCUCCAUAGAGGCCCAUAUUUUAUACUUAAAAGCGCCAAUAUUUUGAAGGGACGCAUUUAGUAGAUUUGAGAUUUAGUAAAACACUUCAGAUAAUGACUUGUAAUAAUGGCAGUUGUGUAAGCAAAGUGACAUUAAAUCCGAAGCAAACUAUUUUUAGUUAGACCAAAAAUCAUCAUUGGACAUUCACAAGUUUUUCCACAAAUAGGUUCAUUUGUUUGAGGUUUCGAAUUUGGUUUAGACACAUCAAGUCACCAGAAAGGCCAGCGAGGAUUUUAACAUACACAUUUCACCAAAGGAAGUAGUGUUUUAUUAGUCUAAUGUGGUCUUCCAGCCAAUGCUAGUUUCUGGAUUAGGGGAAGUGUGGAUUCAUUGGAAACAGCUGCCACUCCAUCAACCUAACAAUAUUGCCUCUGAAGUUAUGGAUCUGUUUGUCUAACCUCAUUUUGCUUGGCUUAGUGCAGAUGCAGAGAAAUUCACUUUUGUUAAAUAUUUUGUUAAAAUAUUUUCAUAGAUAUUUUUGUGCUUUUUACUACGUAGCUUAUGUAGGCUGAGACAUUAGCCUUACUGAGGUCUGUUACGCAAAGCAAUUUUUUUUUCUGACAGCCUCCACUAUUGAUUUCUAAAAUUAUUGUUUUGUUGCAAGAAUAUGACUGUGCUAGAUGGGGGACCCCUUUGGAUGUAGUGGUAGUGCCCCUAUCUCUGAGCCAGGAGUCCUGGGUUCAAUUCAUAUCCUGUUCUAGAAGCUUGUAAUAACAUCCGUGAACAGGUUGAUUAGAGCCUAUCUGCAACUGUGCUUGGGCUGUUGGGGUAGUGUCCCUGCCUCUGAGCCAGAGAGACUCAGGUUCAAGUCCCAUCUACUGCAGAAAUGUCAUAACAUCUCUGAACAGGCUGAUUACAAAUGUGCUUUAUACAUGAAAAGCUAGUUGGUUUCACAGCUGUCAUUGUUAUAAUCUUGUCUUUGUGUAAAACAUGCAAAAGGAGUGGUGUGUCAAAUGAGUGGGCUAAGCACCAUCCUUUCCGUACCUUCUCGUCAGCUGUUUUAACUGAACACUGUCCCACUGCUCCGGAUUUCUUGCGAUUUUCCUAAUGUGAGAUUGAAACAAACAAACACUGUGAAUAUCAUCCUCAUUAUCUCAGACUUCCCACUGUGAAUAUCAUUUUACCAAAAACUUCAAAAUGUCCUUGGUCACUGGGUGAUAUGUCUUUUGUGUCUGUAUGUUGUUAACUGUCUGGAAUCAUGUGACUACACACCGCCAUUUGGUUAGAGAACAAUCCAGGAUUGCGGAUAAAUCCUCUCAUGUUCUCUUUGGGCUGUCACUUCUGUGAUAUUUACAAAUACAGUCACUGCUGAAAAGUAUUUUGAUAAUAGCUAUUUUUCUGUCAAUGUCGGCUGCCACCCGUCCAUCAAUCCCCCUGGAAACGCUCUUAUCAUAUAGAUGAGUGAACACUCGGUUGGAAAUGUAACAUUUCAAAUUUAAUAAAUCAAA